AUGGUCGGGCCUUUUAAGAAGGCUCCUAGUGGCUUCACUUGCCUGCUCAUCAUGGUGGACAAGUUAACCAAAUGGAUUGAGGCAAAACCGAUCGUCAAGCCCAGCUCCCAAGAAGUUGUCAAGUUUUUUCUUGACAUCAUCUACCGGUUUGGUGUGCCCAACAGCAUAAUCAUGGAGAAUGGGACCAACUUCACGGGCAAGAAGUUCUUGGAUUUUUCUGAUGAGUACAGGAUCAAGAUCGACUGGGUGUCAGUUGGACACCCUCGCACUAAUGGGGUGGAAGCCAUGCUACCCUUCAACUUAGACCAUGGUGCCCUAAGGGUCAAGGCCUUUGAUCCCAACCAAGCCGCGGAGGCUCAACAGGAUGCGGUCGACUUGUUGGAUGAGGCCCGGGAGAUGGUCCUGGUCCACUUGGCAAGAUACUAG